GCAGCAGUCCAUCGGCGAGAGUACUUGAGUCAUGUUGGAUGCGGAAAUUUCUUCCUCGCCACGUGCAAUGCUCCCUUGCUCUUCAGGACUGUUCUGAGGAUGAGGAGGAGUUAUUUGUGUUUCUGCGGAAGGGAUAUUUAACGGGAAAAUGCUAACAUUUGAGGAAUUAAUCUGGAAUGUGUUCAUCACUGGAAUGUUGUUGCCACUUGUCGACUCGGAAAUCAGUAGAGGAGUACCGUGUAUCAGGCGUCUAAAUCAGCUUUACUGCCCUUCCCCUGGCCAAAAUUAUCCUCAGGAAAAGAUUGAAACUUUUAUUGAUGAAAACAAAGCCCUCAUCAAGCGCAUGUUUGGCGAUUACACCAGUGCACCUGUAGAUGGAGACAUUCCAGACAGCUUCGAGACUUAUGAUGGCAAGACCAUACACGUGCGCUCCAAGCGGGCGAGUACUCCCAAGAACUCUUUUGCUGCUUCGUCCAACAAAGUCGAUGCCUGCGAGUCAGCAGUUGAGAUAGUCACACCUUACUGGGCAUCAAAUAGUGCCGGAAAGCUAAGAGCAAUAGUCAAUACUCAGCAUCUGCAACAAGCUAUUCACCAAGAAGUUUGCCAAUCCAAUCAGACGAAAAAAUGUGCCAGCGACUGCAGCUGUGAACAGAAGUACAAGUGGCACAGACUUCUGGCUUAUGAUCCAGAUGAUGAUUGCAAGGGCAUCUUCAUGGACUGGUUCCUUUUUCCAUCCUGCUGCAUAUGCAGGUGCUUACCAUUCAACAAAACCAAGUAGUUUCUAAGUCAGACGAAUUCUGUGAAUAGUUUCUUCAAAUGUGUAUUUUUGUCAUCAUUCAUGUGCAUAAAUUGA